AAGAGUUUUCACUAGCCCUCUGUCAAGUACCGGUCAGUCUAAAAUAGCCUCAGAGUGAGAUAUCACACCACUGUGAAGCAAGUACAUGACAACGUCUGAUUGCAGAAAGAAAAUGAAAUCCAUCUACAUGAUCAUCACAGCUCUGGCAUCAACAGCUCUGGCAAAAGGCUCUAUUGAAUGUAAUUUCACUGAAGCUACUGGAACUCAGCAAUGUUACGGAGCGGUGGGACAACUGCUGGUUUUUCACCUGCCAAACACUGCAGAUACAGAUGUAAGGUUGACGAAAGACAAGACACGUAUUAUUUUAAAAUGUAAAAAAAAUCAGAUAGAGACGCCACAGGAGGAAUAUGGCAAUCAGACUGAACUUUUCACCAAGGGAAGAUUUGAAUUGGGAAAAGCAUUGAAGACACACUCCGGAGACUACAUGUUGGAAGAAUAUAGUGGAAAUGGGACUUUAAUAAGGAAAGUAAAUGUGCAUGUAGAAAUUGAAGCUCCAGUGUCAAAGCCAGCUGUUUCUCAGACGUGUUCGUCAGAACAGAUCAACAUCGGCUGCUCCUCUGAGGGAGAUGGAGUGGAGUUCCGUCUGACUUUAGACGGAAACUUACUCAUGCAGACAAGAGACAACAGCCAGUUCCUGAACAGCAGUAGAGUUAACAUACAAUCUCUGACAGGGACUAGAACUACACAAGACGAACCCAGUCUUAAAUAUGUUACCAUCAGCUUAAAGGGUCAGCUGGCUGGAAGCUUAACAUGUAUUGUUUGGAACAAUGUCAGCAAAGAAGAAACAGUUAUUCAACUGAAAAUCUGCACAGUGCCCAGUCUGCAAGUUCUUAAAUUCAUGUUCCCUGCUGUGGCUGUGGCUGUCAUAGCAAGCUUUUUGGUUGUCCUCCUCGUGGCUCUGAGCUGUGGUUUUAUCAUUCUCCAUAACAUCCCGACACCCUCGGCUGUUAAUGAGGAUGUCACAGAGAACCCUGAAGAGGAAAUUGUCUACACAGACGUAAGAAUCGGACAAAACACAAUGACAACAUUUUAAAGGGAAAUAAUUUGUUGUUCAUAAGAGGCCUCUCUGAUUUUCUCUUUUUCAGAUUAUUGCUCUUAAAAAAGUGUUUUAAAUUAAAAAGUGAUUUAAUUCAAUCAAUUCACACCGUAUGUUAACUCUGACAUAGGAUGUACUGUUUAUUAAAGACACAAAUUAUGCAGUAAGUCACUGUGCAUAAUGUUUAAGCCGACUACAGCAUUCUUAAAACUGUCAUAACCUCCGUUUAUAAGUAGCAAAAACAAGUAUGUGUCAGACAAGCCUUGUCCAAAAUAUUUAACCACUUCCUAAGCUCCACCACAGAACACAAGAAGACCAUAAGCAGCAUACUGUCAGUAUAACUAUCAAUUGUAAGGUGAACUCACAAUGAAGCCUUGAGUCAUCAGUGUUUACUCUAGGAUGGAGUUGUAGCAGCGGAGGUGAAGUGGAACAAUACCUUAAGUGCGUGCAAAUGAAUGAUUUACCUUCUAUCAACAACACCCCAUAGAGUAAAAUCACAUAACCAAAUUAGUAAAAUCCUAAAGAUCUGUGCCUCAAAUGCAUCUUCUCAAGGCUUUCCACCAGAUGCAAAGUAGCCAGCAAGCGGGUUUUCGUAGCCCCCUUUGGGAGUCCCGGCAGGAAUUUUGGUCAUUAAAGGCCAAAUUUGGUGGCCUCUGGUAUAAUUUAAUGCCACUGUCCCUCCAACUUAUCUUAAAUGUUCCAUAUGUGAAUGACUUUGCAUCCCUGAUUGUAAACAUGUAGCCUAGUGAAUUAUUGUAAAGGAGAACAAGGCUUCUUUUCUUUUUAACAUCCUCAGCAACAGGGGUUUCACUUCAGAGUAUGAGAGUUCUCAGUUGCACACUCGCAGGAGCCAUGUAUGAGCAUA